UUCUCUUUUUCCGUAUUAAAUUUUGUUUUCUGUAAAUAUUGCAUGCGUGUUUCCGCCGCCAAUUUUUUAUCUAAUAAAAAAAAUUCUGAUUCCGAAAACACUAAGAAUUCGACGAGAAAAAAUUUCUAUUUUCAUAUGUAAUUCAACAAAAAUUUCUGCUAAAAAUAUCAUCUGGAAAUAUCAACGAUAUGGCACCACCCAAAAGUAAACAAGAAACGCAGGAAUCUUUGACAAGAAUCGCUAUUGUUAAUCAUGAUAAAUGUAAACCAAAACGUUGUCGUCUUGAAUGUAAAAAAUCCUGUCCAGUUGUACGUAUGGGUAAAUUAUGUAUCGAAGUAACGCAGAAUGAUAAGAUUUCGAAAAUCAGUGAAGAAUUAUGUAUCGGUUGUGGUAUUUGUAUUAAAAAAUGCCCACUUGGUGCAAUUACCAUCAUUAAUUUACCUUCAAAUCUGAGCUCCGAAACAACGCAUCGUUUUGGACCAAAUUCAUUUAAACUUCAUCGAUUACCAACACCAAGACCGGGUGAAGUACUUGGUUUAGUCGGUACAAACGGUAUCGGUAAAUCUACUGCAUUAAAAGUUUUAGCUGGUAAAUUGAAACCAAAUCUGGGUAGAUAUGGUGCCGAUGCACCUGAUUGGCAAGAAAUUCUUGUUUAUUUUCGUGGUUCUGAAUUACAGAAUUAUUUCACUCGCAUACUUGAAGAUGAUUUAAAAGCCAUAAUAAAACCACAAUAUGUUGAUCAAUUACCAAAAACCAUUGCUGGUACUGUCAGCACGUUAAUCGAUAAAAAAAAUGAACGAAAAAAUAAGGAAGAAAUGUGUCAAUUAUUAGAUCUAACCGAUGCUAUACUUGAACGUGAUGUUUCCGAAUUAAGUGGUGGUGAGCUACAACGUUUCACUAUUGCAAUGGUAUGCAUUCAGAAUGGCGAUAUAUUUAUGUUUGAUGAACCAUCUAGUUAUUUGGAUGUGAAACAACGAUUGAAAGCUGCCGAAGCUAUACGAUCAUUAUUACAGGUGAAUAAAUAUAUUAUUGUCGUCGAACAUGAUCUUUCAGUUUUGGAUUAUUUAUCCGAUUUUAUCUGUUGCCUAUACGGUGUACCUGGUGUAUACGGUGUUGUAACGAUGCCAUUUUCGGUACGUGAAGGUAUUAAUAUCUUCCUCGAUGGAUUUGUACCGACAGAAAAUCUUCGUUUUCGUGAAGCAUCAUUAGUUUUUAAAGUAGCCGAAACUGCAAACGAUGAAGAGAUUAAACGUAUGUGUCGUUAUGAAUAUCCACGUAUGAUCAAACGUUUAGGACCAUUUGAAUUGACCGUUGAACCCGGUACAUUUACUGAUUCAGAAAUUAUUGUUCUAUUGGGUGAAAAUGGAACGGGAAAAACAACAUUCAUUCGAAUGAUGGCUGGUAAUCUAAAACCGGAUGAAGGCGAAUCCGAUGUGCCAACAUUGAAUAUUAGUUAUAAACCACAGAAAAUAAGUCCCAAAUCACAAGGAACAGUACGAAUGUUAUUGCAUGAAAAAAUUCGUGAUUUUUUUACACAUCCACAUUUUCAAGGCGAAGUGGUGAAACCAUUACAGAUUGAUAAUAUACUUGAUCAAGAAGUACGACAUCUUUCUGGUGGUGAAUUACAACGUAUUGCUUUGAUUCUUUGUCUUGGUAAACCGGCCGAUGUUUAUCUAAUUGAUGAACCAUCAGCAUAUUUAGAUUCAGAACAACGUCUUGUUGCUGCUAAAGUUAUUAAACGUUUUUUUCUUCAUUCGAAAAAGACCGGAUUCAUUGUUGAACAUGAUUUCAUAAUGGCCACAUAUCUAGCUGAUCGUGUUAUUGUAUUUGAAGGUGAACCAUCAAUAAAAACAGUCGCUACAUCACCACAAUCAUUAUUGUCCGGUAUGAAUCGAUUUUUGGAACUAUUGAAUAUAACAUUUCGUCGUGAUCCAAAUAAUUAUCGGCCAAGAAUUAAUAAAUUAAAUUCAGUUAAAGAUACUGAACAAAAACGUGGUGGUAAUUUCUUUUUUCUUGAAGAUUAGAUUUUUUUCUUAUUGUAUUUUUAUUUCUCAAUGUUUCAAAAAAAAAACCAAUCAAACAAACAAACA